CUAGGGUUUUCUCUCAACGUCUCUUUCCUCCUCCUUGACUCUUUUAAAUGCCGCAUUUCUUCCCUGGUUUUUGCUGCUACAAAACACAACAAUCUUUUUCUCAGUAACCAAACAAGAAAAACAAACUAUCUCCGUUUGUUUCCUUCUUUUGAUCUUUGAAAACAGAAUGGAUUUCCAUAGCCUUACAAGGAAAGAGCUCCAGGCUCUUUGCAAGAGGAACAAAAUCCCAGCUAAUAUUACCAACGUAGCCAUGGCUGAUGCACUCAAAGCUCUUGAGAUUGUUGAAGGACUUGAUGAAUUCAUGAAUCAAUCUCAAUCCCCAGAGAAGACCAUGAACAAAUCAUCACAAGAUAUACCCUCUACUGCGGCUAGGACAUCAACUCGGAGAAAAACUACCGAAGAAGAACCUCAAAGCACACAACCAACAACCCGAACCCGGAGAUUGACAAGAAGAACAAUGGAAUUGGAUGAAGAAAACAAGAAUGUGAACGUGCCUGAGACUCCUGUUAUGGCUACUACUACCAGGAGAAGGGCUCAGAAAACUGAGACUGAAGUUGAGGAGCAGAAGAAGAGUGAUCUGCUUGAAACUCCAGCGUUGCAGAGUGGCAGGAGAAGGCCUGGAGUGGGAUCUACCAGGAGGAAAGUUGAGGCUCAGAAAGAAGGGUCACUGCAGCAGGGCUAUGGCACGAGGCGGUCAGUAAGGUUGUUGGAGAAGUGCAUGACCGGGUUGAGUUUGAAGGAGAGUGAAAGAAUGGAGCCUGUAAAGAUUGAUGAAAUGCUGGAGGAUGAAGUUGAAGAGAACAAGAAUGGUCAAUUUGAAGCUCCAGCUGAAGUACCUUUGGCUCGAAAUUUAAUUGUGUCCCUUCAAGAUGAAAGGGACUUGAAAGAUAAUGUUCUGGAAAACAGCAAGUGUUAUCACAGUGGAGGAAAUGAUUGCACAGUGAUAUCUGAGGCUGGUUCUCACAAAUCUGAUAAUUUGGACACAAAAGAUGCAUCCCUUGAUAAGUCAGAUGCUUAUUUGGCCAAUUUGGCCAAAAGUGCAGACUCUGAUGGAACCAUAGACACAAAGGGAUCUGAUGAUUCUGCUCUCUCUGAAGACUCACAUGAGAACGACAACUCAAAUGAGGAAUCGAUAGCUGAGAACAACGGGGGCUCUCAUACUGAUGAGACUAGAUCAAUAAACGCACUGGUUGCUGACGCCUUUGAGGAGUUAUCUGAAGAGGCCUUGGAUAAUUCCUCAUCUGCAGAAUUUAUGGAGCAAAUAGAAGUUGUGUCUGUAGAAGAAUACGCUGCUAAUCAUGCUGCACUAGAUGUUGAACGCCAAAAGUUAGUUGGCAAAGAUUGUGAUUGCAAUGUUGUUGUGCUGAAUGAUGAUCUAGCCAAACUUCCACAAGCUGAAGAGUAUGACGGAUGUAAAGUAUCUCAAAAUGUUUCAGCUCUCCCUGAAGGUCAAAUGGAUUCCUCAGAAAAAAUGGGAAAUGAAGAAUCUGAGGAUGAUCCAGAUCAAAUUGAUGAUGACACACGAUUUGACAACAAUUCUUUAGCUGAUGAACUACAAGAGGAAAUUUCAUGUGAACAAAAAUGCAUUUCUAUACCAACAGCUGCCUACAGCUCUGAGGAUCCAAUGAUUAAUAUGGUGAAUGGAGAAGAAUUGGUUGAUGUAAAUGUAGCUGAAGCUGAAAUAAUCCAUGUGGUAGAAAGUUCAUUCCACAAUGCUCCCCGAUGUGUUGUGGGUGAUAUCCCAAUUCACAAGAUGCUAGAUAAUGGUGAUGCAGAAGCAUUGGUCGAUAUCUGUGUAAACCCUGUGGAGGAAUUUGAAGAGACCACCCAGGAAAUCCCUCCAGAGGAGAAGAGUCCCACUGCCGCAAAGCUAAUGAGUCCUUGUCCUCCUCUUACCUCAAACUGUGCGAUUACAACUUCAAUACGUGUUGUGGGUGAUAACCCAAUUCACAAGAUGCUAGAUUAUGGUGAUGCAGAAGCAAUGGUUGAUAUCUGUGUAAACCCUGCGGAGGAAUUUGAAGAGGCCACCCAGGAAAUCCCUCCAGAGGAGAAGAGUCCCAGUGCCGCAAAGCUAAUGAGUCCUUGUCCUCCUCUUGCCUCAAACUGUGCGAUUACAACUUCAAUACCAUUGUCACCAUUGACAGCUCAAUUUUCUCAUCCAUCUAGUUUCACACCAAGGAAAUCUUCAAGCAUGAAACAGACAACAAUUCCAAAGGUGAUUCAAGUUUCAGAUAACAACAAUAAGGAGAACAUUGACAACAACAGUGUGAAGGAAGUGGUGCCUAACCUGGGAAAGGUGAAGGAAAGCAAGAAUAUCAUUGAUGAGGAAACCAUGCAGAAAUUGGAUGGUAUGAGUCUAAGGAAUCUAAAGAAGCUAACCAAGAAGUUUGACAAACUACAGAUCAUUGACAAUAUGAAGAAAAACGAAGAUAAGAAUGACAGUAAGCCACUUGGGAAGACCAGACCAGCCUUGCAAACACUGCCACAGAAUUGUAUGAGCACUGGAGAAGUAGAGAAGCAAAACUGAAACAAGUAUAGAAAGAAAAGCGUGAGACCACUACAUCGAUAAAAUGGAUUCAUUCAAACCUUGGUUUGUUGAUUCCCUUGCCGGUAAUUCUAGCACAGCUACCAGAGAUUGUUUUGAUGGCUGUUUUUGAAUUUUACAAUAAUGUUCUUUCAUCCAUUAUUUUGCCAAGUCAAAGAUGUCAGAGAGACCAAUUUUGCAUAUCAACAUUAUGUCAUUAUAUUACCUUUAAGACA